GUGGAGCUAAUCCCACGUCUAUCUACGCUAACCACUAACCAUAAGAUGCUAAACCCACUCCACCUAUUUUGCAAAACACUCCUAAAUACUCUAACAAAUACAUGACUCUUAACAACCAUGCUUACCCACUAACACUACUAACCAGAACUAUCAAUUAAGUGCAAACCCUACAACAAUAAUCUUGGUACGAGGCUUUAUUAUGGGCUUAUCACCAUUUCUCCUCUCACCUCUCUCUGUGGCUGGAAAAUAGUACGAGGGUAGGAGUACGAGGACAAGAUGAGCCCUGCCACGAAAAAGGAAAAACAAAAAACUCAAAUCUCCCCCAUGUGUCUCGGCUCGGUUACUCGAGACUCGCUCGACGUCUUUGGUGUAGUUGUCAGCGACGAGCGCGGUGGUAAAGUUCCUGGAGAAAGGUUGCACAACUUUGAUUUGGGAAGCAAGAGUUCAGAUGGUGGUGGCGAGAGCAUCGGCCGACGGGUUUCAGCUGUGGGAUUCUGUGGGUGUGAACAUCGACAUCACUGCGAGCAAGCUGGUAGGAAAGUGCUCGAGAUAUGAAGUCUGGGGAAAUAAGAGUUCUGAGGAUUCACAUUCAGCUGUGGGAGUUUUGUGCCGGGUUUGCAGGUGUUAUGGUUUGGUCCACGACAAGGAAAAAGGAUCUGGGGUUUACAAGAUUCUCAACGAAAGAUGGCAAUAGAUAUCUAUGAGAUUCAUGGCGGAGGGGAACCAUAUAAGAGGAAUUUUGACAAUCUGCAACUCUCCGUAGAGUCCAUCUCUCUUUCUCUUACGGUUUGUUCCCAAAAUUUGUGUUUUCUAUCCUUUUUUUUGGUAAUAUUCUUGCUGCUACUGUCAACGAUUUGGGGUUGUGCAAGUUUCUUUAUAUGAUUUUUACUUUGAAAGCCAACAUCACCUCUUUUUUUUCUUUCUUUUUUUGCCUUUUUACAUGUGUAACUAUAUAUUAUUAUAGCAAGUGUUCUUUCCGAGGCCAUUAUUAUAGUUUCAACUGGAGCACUUAGAGUUAAGCUGUCUGAAUAUGAUUGGGAUGAAUAUUGGGGAUACUGAUUUGGAAUUUGAUUUUAGUUUAGUCAUGCCUUUAGAUAGCUCGAUUUGGCUGCUGGUAGUAGUAACGACAAAUUUCAAAUUACUUAUGUGAACCAUCUAAAUGUUUUGGGUUUGCUUCUCACCUACAGCUAAAUGUGUCCUUUAUUUUGGUGCAGUGUUUAGCAAUACAGAAUACUCCUGCUUAUUACUUCAUCGGGUGCUUGAAAAAUACUAGGUUUACAAAGUGUAGUUGUGCAUUUGACCAUUUGUUUAGAUAUAAUGAUUAGAAACCCUGCCAGCUUCCCCGUUUCAGGUUACCCUCAACCCUUGCAUUUCAGUUAACAUGGUUUUUAGAUUCUAUUUGGCGAACAUUAAAUUGUUGAUGUCUUAUCUUUUUCUUUGAAACAGAUCUCGAAUUUGUCUCAAUUGCAUAUCAGUUGCUUCGUUGUUGACACCCAAUAUUGAGUUGCAAUAAUCUGUAACUUAUAGAAAACUAAUUUUACUCUUCAGUUCUAGAUUCGACCUGUCUAAUUGUAGGUUGUGUAGUAUUUAGAUAAGCCUGUAAGUUUGGAUCCCCAUAGCUUUCGUCAGUUAGCCAAUCUUGAGUAAAGAAAGUAAUGAGUAAAGAAAGUAGUUCCUUAGAAGAGUCAAUCAUCGGCAUGCAUUAAAAGAUCGUUGCUAUGUGAUUUUUCUAAGUUUAAAUCUGGUUGUAUAUAUGGGAGGCGAGAUAAUUGAUUUCCCUUUCUGAAGCAACACAGACAAGAUUUGCUAGCUAAGCUAAACCGUCUGGAUAAACUGUGGUUACUUGGAAGUCUCUGAGAGCUAUUACACUUAGUACAAAAUUUGACAAAUUUGCUGCUUCUAAUCCUUACUCAACGAUGCUCUGCUUUCAAUAUAUUUUCCUUUCCUUUUGGUACCAGAAUCGGCUGGUGUUAGCAGGGUGCAUUGUUGAAAUCUGCCUUUUAUCUCUAGGUAAUGUUUGGUACAGAUUCGCAAACGUGUACUGCUGGUGCGUUCAACUAAUUUGCUACUACUAUUGACAAACCUGAUGUAUGUUACGCGUUGGGAAUUGGAAAAAAAAUUGCUCAAAGUAUGCAACCAUUUAAAGCUUCCCCUCUGACUGAUCAUAUAUAGGUUCAGUUCACCUUAUAGUAUGUUAAAUAAUUCUGACUUGAUUAGCAGCUUAUUAUCAUUCUUGAACAAUUAAUGGAAAGGGAUGUGGUUCGUACAAGAGGAGAUUGAAACAAAGAGACUACUUCCUCAUGUGGAGGAUGAACUGAAGAGCUGUAGUUAGGAGAUAGCAACUGAACAUAGGGAAUUAUGUCCUCUCUUAACUGAACAAGAAUACAGCCAAUAAAGGUUGCAACGGAUU